AAGAGUCAUAAGCUGGGACAGCACCAUGCCACAAAUUCGAAAAUACCUGGAGGCAAAGGUGGGAUAGCGUCAGUCGUUCAGAACAGCCUUGAGACCCCAGACCCAUUGCAAAGCAGCUCAUAUCACGAACGACACCUCUCGCCAGAACAAAAGAACCUUCUUUCAUCGCCGACCUCAGAUCUCCUCCGCCAGCGCAAAAUAUAAAUUCGACAUCAUGUCCGCUGACAAGUUCGGGAACGACCUGCCCGACUCCGAGUCGGACUCUGGCGAGUCUGUCGACGACCAGCACCACGAUGAUGGUGCCGACGAUGUGCAGGAGCAGCCCGCCAAGUCCUCCUUGAAGAAGAACACCAUCAUCUCUGGCCAUGACGAUACACGACCCGAGCUCCCGCCCCAAACCGACCCCAAAGACCUCGAUGUGCAAAGCCUCACGCCCCUCACACCCGAAAUUAUCGCCCGACAAGCAACAAUUAACAUUGGCACAAUUGGUCAUGUCGCCCACGGAAAGAGUACCGUCGUCAAGGCCAUCUCUGGUGUGCAGACAGUCCGGUUCAAGAACGAGCUCAUCCGAAACAUUACCAUCAAGCUCGGUUAUGCCAACGCCAAGAUCUACAAGUGCGACAACCCCGAGUGCCCGCGACCUACAUGCUACCGCAGCUACAAGUCCGACAAGGAGGUUGACCCUGCCUGUGAGCGUGACGGAUGCAGUGGCACCUACAGACUUUUGCGCCAUGUCUCGUUCGUCGAUUGCCCCGGUCACGAUAUUCUCAUGAGUACUAUGUUGUCAGGUGCUGCCGUCAUGGACGCCGCUCUUCUCCUGAUCGCUGGCAACGAAACCGUGCCCCAGCCUCAAACCUCAGAGCAUUUGGCUGCUAUUGAGAUCAUGAAGCUCGACAAGAUCAUCAUUCUCCAGAACAAGGUCGAUUUAAUGCGAGAGGAGGCUGCCCAGCAACAUUACCAGUCUAUCCUGAAGUUCGUCAGAGGCACACCUGCCGCCAAGUCGCCCAUUAUUCCUAUCUCUGCCCAGCUCAAGUUCAACAUUGACGCCAUUAACGAAGCGAUUGUCAACACGAUCCCUGUCCCGCCCAGAGACUUUACCCAGGACCCCCACAUGAUGGUCAUUCGAUCUUUCGAUGUCAACAAGCCUGGUGCCGAGAUUGAGGAGCUCAAGGGUGGUGUUGCUGGAGGCAGUAUCCUUCACGGUGUGCUCAAGCUCGGCGACGAGAUUGAGAUCCGACCCGGUAUCGUCACUCGUGAUGACAAGGGUAACCUGCAAUGCAAGCCCAUUUCUAGCAGAAUCGUCUCCUUGAACUCUGAGCUCAAUGAGCUCAAGUAUGCUGUUCCUGGUGGUCUGAUUGGUGUUGGAACUCGUAUCGAUCCUACUCUGUGCAGAGCCGAUCGUUUGGUCGGAUUCGUACUCGGCCUCAAGGGUCGUCUACCCUCCAUCUACAGCGAGAUUGAGGUUAACUUUUACCUGCUCAAGAGACUUUUGGGUGUCCGGACUGCCGACGGCAAGCAGGCAAAGGUUGCCAAGCUGACGAAGAACGAGGUUCUCAUGGUUAACAUUGGCUCAACAUCCACUGGUGCCAAGGUCUCUGCUAUCAAGAACGAUGCCGCCAAGCUGAUCUUGACAUCUCCGGCUUGCACCAACUUGGGUGAGAAGAUCGCUCUUUCACGUCGUAUCGAGAAGCAUUGGCGUCUGAUCGGAUGGGCAACCAUCAACGCUGGUGUAACACUGGAACCCACCGAGGCUUAAACAGGCCAAACGUGAUAUGAGGGUAACGAUGCAUGAAUUCUACGCAAAAGAAAUUAACUAAAUGCAUCAACACAACUUUCACUGCCCUAUCUCUGCACUCUUGCAGCCUCGAUUUGUGCAAAAACAGAGGCUUUGGUUUGUCAGCAUCCUCAUGUGGCUGUUGACUGGCGAGACAGCUUGAACUGUUAACCGAACAACAAAAUCGAGAUAGAUUGAGCCCUGCUACAGUUGGAAAGCUCUGUUGUGGAAGGAACGAAGUUCGGCGAUAUUUGACAUUAUGAAAGGGUUGUUGAGCUGAUUGUGUCUCGGAAGGAAAUGCAUUGCAAGGUGUCAAGCGCUGAGACAGAAACAUAGAGAAAAAGUAAUUCUGCCAACCAU